CAUAUGACAACACUACACAUGAAGUGUGUGGAUACCAUCAGGACACAGAUGCAUAUGUGACAGUAGAAGAGCAACACUUACAGGGACUAGGGUCAUUUCAUCACAGUGCACCAACCAUGGCUUUGGUGGAGAUUAUGCGCCUCUGGAGUGAAGGAGUUUCUGCAGCAGACAAAGGGGACUGGAGCGAGGCCCUAAAAUCUUUCACCUCCAUUACAGAACCCCGAGCCAAGAUCUGCUUCAACAUCGGCUGUUGUCACCUUGUUAUGGGAGAUUUGCGCGGGGCAGAAGAGGCCUUUACAAGCACCAUAGAAAGAGACAAGCACUUGGCUGUGGGAUAUUUUCAGCGUGGCUCUAUCUUCUUCAAAGAGAAAAAGUAUAGCCAGGCUCUUCAGGACUGGUCCCGCUGCUACACUGAGUUACGAGGAAACCAGCUGAUCGACUACAAAAUCUUGGGGUUGACAUUCAAACUUUACAGCUGUGAGAUCCUGUAUAAUAUAGCUCUUGGAAGUGCAAAAGUGGGGAAUUGGGCCAAAGCAGAAGAAAAUCUUAUCCUGGCCCUAAGUCAGAAGGUGGAGCCACGGCAGGGUACUAAGAUAGAGAAAGCCAUGCAAGAAAUCCUGAAACAAAAGGACUUUCCACAUAUAGAGAUGCCAAAAGGACGAUUAUUUCAAGCUAAUGAGAGGCUUGUAGAGCAGUUGGAGAAGAAAGACUACUUGGGUAAAGCUUUGGUUGUGGCUUCUGUGGUUGAUAAAGACAAUUUCUCUGGUUUUGCACCAUUGCAGCCUCAGGCCAACAGUGCUCCGCAACGUCCAAAAACACCUGAAAUACUGAGGACGUUGCAGGGAGAGCCACAUCGUGUACUGUUUGAAUUCACCCCAGAGACUGUAGAGGAGAUGGGCAUUAUGCCGGGAAAUAUUGUAUUCGUGCUCAAGAAAGGGGAUGAUAAUUGGGCAACUGUUCUAUUUAACGGAAAGAAAGGGAUCGUCCCCUGCAAUUACCUGGAGCCUGUGGAGCUAAAGUUCCAAUCCCAUAUGCAGGCAGCUGAAACAAAGCAGGAAACCACAACAAAUAAUAAAACCCCGACGGCAGAAAUACCAGCUCCGCCAACCACCAUUGCCCCUACAGGACCAAAGAACAUGCAAGAUAAACCGGACAAACCUAGUCCAAGAGAGAAGUCACAGGACUCCACAGUGGGGACACUGGAUGAAUUUACUCUGACUGAGGCCACAAAGGAAACCACAGUAACUCCCUCAACGUCAUACCUUAUUAAGGUUUACUAUAAAUACACAGUAGCGAUUCAAGUCUCCCACCAACUUUCAUACGAGGACCUUUUGAUACUGGUCAGCAGUAAACUGCAGCUGGCUCCCUCCGCCAUAACACUGAGUUUCCAGGAUGGAGAUACCCAAGUGCUGUUGAACAAGGAUAAUGUGGAAAGAGCAUGGGGACUAAUUACAGACAACUGCCUGAAACUGAGGUGCACAGAACUGGAUGCAAACAAUAUGCCUGACCAAUCUCAGUCACAGGACUGUCCUCGUGCGUCAGAGGAUAAGUCGGGGAUCAGCGUAACAGCCCUGUUUGAUUAUGAGGCAUCACAACCGGAAGAUCUGGCAUUUAAAAAAGGAGAUACAAUUAAGGUGCUGAAUAAAGUGUCUGAGGAAUGGUGGGAAGGAGAGUGUCAUGAGAAAGUGGGAAUCUUUCCAUCAGCCUUUGUAGAAUGAGUACUCCGCAUCGCAGCCGUCCAUGGAAGAACAAGCCCUACUGUACUACAGGCAUGCAAAGCAUACAUGUACAAAGUGAAACUACUCCAUCUCAAACCUUUAUCUAAAGCUGGAUGCAUAUUUAAGUGCAAUAUACUGUGAAUAAAAUUCAUGUAUACACAUG